GACCUUAUGAAAGUUGUGCAUAUGGCGUCCAGCUGGACAAAUCAAGAGGGUCCAAGUACGUUUUAAGGUUCCCGUGGCAGCCCGUGGUUCCCCAUAGCUCCAACGGAAAGCGGGGUGAGGGUUCCCAGGCUUCCCUAGUUGAUGGCCUGUCCAUUUGAACCCAAUUCAUCGCAAUUGCUAACAAUCUUUUAACAUUCAUCUAUUUGCACUUACCACCCACUAUUCGUAAAAAGGAAUCUUACCUUUACAACUUUCGUGCAAAGACUUGAUAGCUUCGACUUCGGGUCCGAUUUUCAUUUGCCUUCUCUCAGCGGUUCGCCCGCGUCUUCUUCCGCCGUCUUACUACCUUACCACAUAAUCCACCGAGAUACCGGAUAGUAAUUAGAACAAAUAUGGCUACGGUCGAACAUUGCCUCUACUGCUUCGAGACGCUGGUCGCGUACUUCGAGAGACGCAAGCCCUUGAGCCUCGACGAGAUCCAGGAGUCAUACGAAGAAUACAUCAAAGAGUUAGAAGGGGCAGCCUCAUCCGACAAAACCGACAGCCUGGAGAAGCGCAUCCCGGCUCUUAGGAGAGUAGCCGACUCUAAUGAUUCUGGAUCGAGUACCUCGUCUCCUGCCUCGGGCUCCAGCAUGUCCCUCAGCACCGAAACCGCUGCCACAUCCACCGAUUCUCUUCCAGACACCGAACCCCCAAUCACCGAGUCACCAUUGUUCGUGACAUGGAACACAGUCGACCCCGAGUCAGACGACACCUCAUUGCGGGGCUGCAUCGGGACUUUCGAGGCACAGGAACUUGACGAGGGGCUUAGUUCGUACGCAAUCACAUCGGCCAUCCACGACACGCGGUUCAACCCCAUGACACAGCGGGAGCUCCCUUCACUUGAAGUCGCAGUCACAUUACUGACCAACUUCGAGGACUGCGAUGACGAGAUGGACUGGGAGAUUGGAAAACACGGAAUCAGGAUCAGUUUCACAGAUCGCGGGAGACGGUUCGGCGCCACAUAUCUUCCAGACGUAGCGGCGGAGCAGGGGUGGACGAAGGAGGAGACGCUAGUCAGCCUCAUGCGGAAGGCGAAUUGGGGCGGCAGAAGAGAUAAGUGGCAAUCUGUCGGCCUGAACGUCGUGAGAUACCAGGGCAAGAAGAAGUCCCUACGGUACCCCGAGUACAAGCGUUGGCGGGAUUGGGUCGAUCAGAAAAGUGAGGAAGAGGUGUAGUCGUAGGCAGGUUUUGGGGAAGAAAGGGAUACGCGAGCGCGGUGACGCGCUUAGGAACACGAGGAAGAAGGCAUACGCGCGGGUGCAUCACACUGGACGGUAUAGGCGUCUAUGGAUAGGGAGGGAGUCUAGAGUACGGCGCAUGAUGAAGAAGCAGUGACAGCGCAGGUGGCUAAGUGGAUGAUUUGAUGAUACAGGUAGAGCAGGGUCGUUUCUCCCGUUUUUCCCGCGAAUGCUCUCGAAUACUAUUGCCAAUCUAAUUGACCUUCUUCACAACUAUUCUCGGCUCAAUCCCUUUCCUUGGUUACAGAUGUCGCCCUUCGUAUAACUUAUUUCAUUUACUAUCCCUUACCAUCGUGGAUAUGUCCACGAAACAACGAUAAGUCAGUAUGAGCUGGGACUUGGAAUAUGGUAGAUCUCAAAAUCUAAUUUUAAUCCCACGAGGCGUCUCAUCUUGAGACUACGUUGGCCGAACAAUCUUCCAUAAUCAAUGAGGGAGCCUACUCACAAUAGCUAGGAUCUCAUACCAGCCGUUCAUCUACGAGAGAAGGGACAUGGCCUUCCCCUGGC